AUGUCGAAUACGGAUCAGCGUGCUGUUGAGCAGCAUAACCACCCAGCAACCCCACAUCUGCAAACCAAAGCUGUACCUCGCCGCAGUGACUGGACCCCAAUCAAAGACGACGAUGUGUCUGUUCUGGCUUUAGCAUUCGGGCACGCUGCUCCGAAAGAGGAUCUCAUGAGCAAUUUCGGUUUCAACAUUGCGAAAUCCGGUCGCGCCAGCAGCGACGUGUUUGUUGCUGGCGCUGAUAUUGCUAAGAGGAGACGCAUUGACCUUGUUGAGGGCGUUGGCCCUGCUCCUGUUCGGAAAGGGGCUGCGGGUGCGCCUGCAAAGAAGAAGUCCAAAACAGCUCCAAAAAAGCCGAAAACAAUUACCGAUCUCGUGACCUCUCAUCAUCAAGUCCGAGGCAAGGGCAACUCACCCAUGGCCGAAUUCUUGGUGUCAACGCAAGUUCGAGCCCGGGAGACUGUACCCGAAGACAAUAUCGAGGUUGCGACAACGUCCACCAAAAUAAAGGCGGCCGCCGGGAGGCCUCAUGGUCGCAAGCCGACACUCUUGUCACCUCUAUCAGCCAUGAAGGCAUUUGAACAGCAACAGGCGGUCUUUGGCACUGCCAGCCAGCUCGUGAGAGACGACGCGCUGGUAGAAAUGGAACUCAGCUCAGACCCGAUGUCUCCUCAGCGCACUCAACCGACGUCAAUUGGGUCCGUCACUCCUCAAACCAAUCGUGGCAGUACUCGGUUCAUGAAAACCCGCAACUUGUGGAGUGCUGGUGAUAGGGACGAAGAUAAUGCACUUCUUCAUACGGAUGUUGUUGAUCUUCAUAGUACGCCACAUGUUCGAGCUGCUCUCGCUGGCAAGGACGCUCUCAUUGAGACUGAUUGGAGAAGUAAGGGCCCCCCUGCCGCUCAGUCGUCUAGCUCGCUGCCGAAUGCCAUUCGUGCUGGCAUGCUUGGAGACGUGGAUGUUCUGAGCAGCCCAAGAAUUCAUAGUCGAUUGGAAUCAGUACCAGGCUCGUAUCGACCCUACAGUACGUCAAGGGCUGUGCAGGCGAUCCAUGCAUCAGAUGCUGCUGAGUCGAAAGAAGGAGUGGACGCACAGGAAACUGCUGCCGCUCAGCCCCAGGAUAAGCCAAGUUAUGCCGGGAUGCACAUAACGGAUUUGCAGAAACUUGUCAAGAAUUACGGAUUCAAGGCAAUCAAAAGUCGCCAGAAGAUGAUAGAUCUUCUCGACAAGUGCUGGGAAGAAAAGGAGAUGCGACGUCUUGCGAAGAAUCGGCCCCCAGAAGCAACACAGUCGGUGGCUCCGAAACAGAGUGAUUUUAUCAGUAAUGUUCAUGAUCUUUCGAACCGUCUGGUACCAAAGACCAAGACCGUCAAGAAGCCUCGCGCGGCCGCCAGAACGAAGACGCCGGCAAAGGAGCCAAGGGAGCCAAAGAAGCGAAAGAAAGCGUCGACGGAGGCAAGCGCAUCGGUGGAGAGCCCGAAGCCGAAGCCUCAGAAGAGGAAGCCAAAAGCUGCCCUCUCAGAGGAGCGUAUAGUCGAUGUUGAUGACAUACAAGACGAUGACUUCACGACCUUGAACGACUUACCUGAAGAUAAGCGCAAGCUGCGGGGAGCAGCACGGCCACCAACUCCCCCAGCGACAUUGCCUGCUGCACAUGAGGACGGUCCUCAGACGCAGAAUUCCAAAAGCCAUAGCCUUGGCCAUGAUGUCGGCCAUCCUCCCAUCGUCGGUCCGGAGAUCGGAGAGCAGAUCCAUUCUGCUAUCCUUCAUCAGUCAGAGGAGGCUGCUGCCGACGAGGAGAGGAAUCAUGCCCAGCAUCCGACAUGGCAUGAAAAGAUGUUGAUGUAUGAUCCCAUUGUUAUUGAAGACUUGGCCAGGUGGCUCAACGCUGAAGGCCUUGACAAGGUCCAUGAGGACCGAGAAGUCACAGUCAUCGAAGUGCGUGACUGGUGUGAGAGCAAAGGCAUAUGUUGUAUGUGGAAAGGUGGGUGGAGAGGUCAAGCGUCUAAGGGAGGUGCAGAGUGA